AUGUCCUUUGAAUCUGGUGAACACGACGAGAGUUAUUCUGACGAAUACGAGGAAGACCUUAGCCCAGAAGACUCAGCUUCUGUCGGCCAUCAAAGAUUCCGCCCGCAACAAACUCGAGCUGCAUCCCGUCACCACGAGCUCCCACAGCACCCGCAGCAGCGCGAACAACUAGCGUAUCGCCCACCCGUCAAUUACGUUGAUCCGUAUCGGCCCGGUUCAGUGCCGAAUCCCCCAGAAAGCGUGGAUCCCUCAGAGGAAUACCACCCGGCCUAUGGCCACCGCGGUGGCUACGGUGCCCGCGCACCUCCGGCCGCCCAUGGCGGGCCGCAAGGUCAUGUCGGCCAUGCCGGUCACAAUCCCUAUUUCCCAAGCGGCCGGGGUCACAACGGCCACCCUCAGAGCGCCUAUCAACAACAUCAACAUAGUCAUGUAGGCUAUAUGGGUCAAAGCCCAUACGGAGCUCCUCCCAAUACCAUGGUUCCUUACGGUUAUGGCGGUCCCCCGGGCCACAAUCCCUUCUCGCCAAUGUCCAAUGGAAGCGGUCAGAGCUAUUUCGGAGAGCAGCCGCGCAACUCUCAAUAUGACAUGAUGCCCUACAAUCAGCCACAGCCCCCUGCUUUCUACGGCCAUGGACCCGGUGGACCUGGAGGCUACCAAAUGCCGCCGCACAUGGCCCAGUACCUAUACUCCCAAGCUGCUCCACCUCCUCCACCUACGGAAGUUGGUCCGCCCAAGACUCCCGCGCCUGCCCCGCCGCCGUCACCGCCGAAGCCAGACCCAGAGAAGAUCAAGUUGCAGGAACAAAUUGAACUCUUCAAGGCAGAGCAGGCUCGCAAGGAGGAGGCCGAGCGCCGGCGUGAGCUUGAGGAGAAGAUUCGGAAGGAUGCCGAGGACGCCAUCGCCCGGCGGAUGGAGGAGAUGAGGAAGGCCCAAGAAGACGCGCGAAAGGAAAUCGAAAGGGCCAAGAAGGAGGCUGAACAAGCUGCCCGUGAGGCUAUUGAGGCUGAGCGCAAAGCUGAGGAGCAAAGGCAGAAGCUGCACCAGGAAGCCAUGGCCAGAGCUGAGCGUGAGGCAAGAGAAAAGUACGAGGCCGAGCUUAAGGCCCAUGCCGAAGCAAAGGCCGCUGAAGCAAAGGCCCGCGCGGAUGCUGAGGCAGCUGCCCAAUUGAAGCUCGAGCUGGCCAUCAAGGCUCAAGAGGAUGCCAGAAUUGCCGCCGAGAAGAAGGCUGCGGAAGAUGCCGCAGCGAAGGCCAAGUAUGAGGCAGAGAUGAAGGCCACGGCUGAGAGAGAAGCCCGGGAGAAGAUUGCGGCCGAGAAGAAGGCGGCAGAAGAAGCCGCGGCAGCCAAGGCCAAGUACGAGGCCGAAAUGAAGGAGAAGGCCGAGAAGGAGGCCCGCGACAAGAUCGCGGCCGAGAAGCAGGCUGCAGCGGAUGCCGCCGCAGCUAAGGCCAAAUACGAGGCGGAUAUGAAGGAGAAGGCCGAGAAGGAGGCUCGUGACAAGAUUGAAGCCGAGAAGAAGGCUGCAGCGGACGCUGCCGAAGCUAAGGCCAAAUACGAGGCGGAUAUGAAGGAGAAGGCUGAGAAGGAGGCUCGCGACAAGCUGGCGGCGGAGGCAAAGGCCGCGGCAGACGCCGAAGCUGCUGCCGCUGCGGCCAAGAAAGCCGAAGACGAGCUCAAGAAGAAGGCUGCCGAAGAUGCCAAGGCCAAGUACGAGGCCGAGACCAAGAAGAAGGAAGGGAAGCUGCCGAUCAAGUUCAAGGAUGCCGUCGGCCGCAAGUUCAGCUUCCCAUUCCACAUCUGCGCCACCUGGACGGGUAUGGAAGAGCUCAUCAAACAAGCUUUCCUCCACGUGGAUAUCAUCGGGCCCCAUGUCCAGGAAGGACACUACGAUCUCAUCGGCCCCAAUGGUGAGAUCAUCCUUCCCCAAGUGUGGGAGAGGGUUGUCGAGCCCGACUGGACCAUUGAGAUGCGCAUGUGGCCCAUGGAAAAGGCGCAGCCAGCUCCGCCCCCGGGCAUGUUCCCUCCAGGUGUGAGACCUGCACCAGGACAACACCAGAGGCCUAGGUCCAUGGGGGGAGCAGGAGGUCUGCCGCCGGGUUUCCCGAGGCCCGGGGGUGGUGGCGGGGUUCCACCACCACCGCCGGGUUGGGCAGGUAACGGCCCGCCACCGCCGCCGCCUGUUGGCGCCAUGCCUCCCGGCCGUGGUCCGCGUGUCAUCAAUGUUGGUCCGGCACCUGAGAAGAAACGUCAGUCCAAGGGAGGGCAGGGAUCCAUGCUCAGCUGGAUGGCCGGCGCCAAACCCGCAAAGAAGAAGUAA